UGGACGCAGGGGGGCUGUUGAAACUUUCCAUUGUCAAUUGUUAGAAAAGCGUAUAUAUAUAUUUUCAAUGGUUCGGUGAAGUGUGUUUUUCCCCCAAGAUUCUUCUUCACCCAUAUGUAUUGUACUGUGAAUCGCUUUUUGCACAGUUCAUUUAAUUUCGGACAGCAGUUUUUAGCGAAAAACGUAUUCCGACAUUCCAAAAUGUCAGCAAUAAAUCUCAAGUCCCUCAAUUCUGAUGAGAUCAACAAAUUUCUUGAUUCGUUUGAUACAGUAUUAACUGACUGUGAUGGAGUCCUGUGGUUGGAUAAUGAAUCCUUACCUGAUUCUGCAGCAGUGAUGAAUUUGUUCAAAGAGUGUGGAAAAAAAACAUUUUACGUGACAAACAAUAGUACAAAAACUAGAGAAGAAUUAGCUAAAAAAUGUGAAUGUUUGAAUUUUAAUGCAACGGAAGAAGAUAUUUUGUGCACCUCUCAUUUGGCUGCCAACUAUCUCAAACAAGAGGGGUACAAAGGAAAAGUUUAUGUCAUUGGAAAAACCGGAAUCACAAGAGAGCUGGAGAAAGUUGGUAUCACUCACUGUGGCACUGGACCUGAUGUUUUAAAAGACUUGGACUCUUUUAGAUUUGAAAAGGAUCCAGAAGUCAAAGCAGUGAUUGUUGGCUACGACGAACAUUUUAGUUAUCCCAAGAUGAUCAAAGCUGCCUCUUAUUUAAACGAUCCCAGUGUUUAUUUCGUUGCAACAAAUACAGACGAGAGAUUUCCAACAUCUGACAAUGUAAUAGUUCCUGGCACGGGAAGCAUGGUACGUUGCAUCGAGACCUGUGCCGAGAGAAAAGCCUUAAUUAUGGGAAAACCAGAGCCUUACGUGGCCGAGAUGAUUAAAAAAAAUUACCACGUCAAUCCGGAACGCACCCUGAUGAUCGGCGACCGAUCCAACACCGAUAUCCUGUUAGGAACGCGUUGCCACUUCAAAACGCUCUUGGUUCUCUCGGGCGUUACGAAGAUCGAGGAAGUUGAAAAAUGGAAACUGUCCUCAGCAAAGGAGGACCGUGAUUUAGUUCCCAAUUAUUAUAUUAAAACUUUAGGAGAUUUACUACCUUACCUGAAGGAGUACAAACCAAGCAACUAAUUCAUAUACAACUAGUGAAUUAACGUGAGAAAAAAAAAAAAAAAAAAAAAAAAAAAAAAAAACUUUUGGUAUAUAUCACAGUUGCAAAUGGAAAAAAGCUAAUUGUAAAUAAUAGUAUUUACGUGUUAAAAAUAAUAAUACUGCAUGUAAAAUUGGUCCAUACAAAUCCUCCUAGUCAAAAAACAGUAAACAUCUCAAUUCCUAAAGUUGCAUUACCAUGAUAUAACCAAAGAAACCAAAUGAAAGUUAUAGUAACAAAAUUGUAUGUAUGUAAUAUACACAUGGAUAGAAAAACAAAA